AUGAGCUUAACAUCCUGGUUUUUGGUUAGCAGUGGAGGCACCCGCCACAGGCUGCCGCGAGAAAUGAUUUUUGUUGGAAGAGAUGACUGUGAGCUGAUGUUACAGUCACGAAGUGUGGACAAGCAACAUGCUGUACUUAACUAUGAUGCCUCUACAGAUGAACACUUGGUGAAGGAUUUGGGCAGCUUGAAUGGGACAUUUGUGAAUGAUGUGAGGAUUCCAGAGCAGACAUACAUCACUCUGAAGUUAGAAGACAAAUUGAGGUUUGGAUAUGAUACUAAUCUGUUUACUGUCGUCAGGGGAGAGAUGAGAGUCCCUGAAGAAGCACUUAAGCAUGAAAAAUUCACAAGCCAACUCCAGUUGUCCCAAAAAUCUUCAGAGGUGGAAGGAUCAAAGCAAACCAGCUCCAAAAGCUCAGAGUCCAAGGUAGCAGAUUCCACAGCUGAAGUGCACCAUAAAACUGCAGAAGCACAGAAAUCUGAAGAGAAAUCAGUGGAUCUUUCUGCCAUGCCUCGUGGGACACCUUUGUAUGGACAGCCAGCCUGGUGGGGUGAUGAUGAAGCUGAUGAAAAAAGUGGCUGUAAGCAGGAUAGCAAACAGGAAGAAAAAACGCAGGAGACAGGGGCUUCAGGAUCCAGCACAGAUGCCAAGCAAGCUGAGGAGCAACCUGCAGCUGCAAGUGAAGAACUUUAUCCUUUCUGUAGGGAGCCAAGUUAUUUUGAAAUCCCUACAAAAGAAUUCCAGCCACCUUCGCAGGUAGCAGAGAGCACUAUUCAUGAAAUUCCAACAAAGGACACCCAAAGCUCCCAUGCAUCAGGUGCAGGACAUGCUUCCUUUACCAUUGAAUUUGAUGACAACACUCCUGGAAAAGUAACAAUCAAAGAUCACGUGACAAAAUUCACGUCAGAACAGCGUCACAAGUCAAAAAAGCCGUCCUCCAGUGGGCAGGACCUGCCUGGGCUUCAAACGGUGAUGAUGGCUGCAGAGAGCAAAGUAGCAGACUGGCUAGCACAGAACAAUCCUCCUAGAAUGAUAUGGGAACCAACAGAGGAGGAUUCCAAAAGUAUUAAAAGUGAUGUUCCAGUGUACUUGAAGAGACUGAAAGGGAAUAAGCAUGACGAUGGUACACAAAGUGAUUCAGAAAAUGCUGGUGCACACCGGCAUUACAGUAAGAGGGAAGCACUUGAAGAACACUUAAGGCAUCAUCACACAGAGCUGAAGAAGUCACAUCAGAAAGUCCAUUCCUCAGAAAAGCAGCAAGAGCAAGCUGGUUUGACUAGCUCAUCGCAUCACAGAGCAGUACAUGGUGUUCAUGCAAAACUUCUAAAACAAAAAUCUGAAGAACCCUCAUUACCUGUCCUACAGGCUGCAUUGUUAAGGAGUUCAGGAAGCCUUGGGCAUAGGCCUAGUCAGAACCAGGAGAUGGACAAAAAGUUGAAAAGCCAGCAUAUUUCUGCUGCUACUGAGAAAGACAAUGAGGAUGACCAGAGUGACAAAGGUACUUACACAAUUGAGUUGGAAAAUCCCAAUUCUGAAGAAAUGGAAGCCCGUAAAAUGAUUGACAAGGUAUUUGGAGUGGAUGACAGCCAGGAUUAUAAUAGGCCUGUUAUCAACGAGAACCAGAAAGAUUUAGUAAAAGAUUGGGCUAUAAAUUCUGCUACAGUAGUGCUGGAAGAAAAAAGACCACUGAGUACAACUGGAUUUCUUGACACAGAGGAAGGUUCUACUGCCCCUGGAAGUAAACGUUGGGUAUCACAGUGGGCCAGUUUGGCUGCUAAUCACACACGUCAUGACCAAGAUGACAUCAGAUUGGAGUCAUCCAUGUCUCUUCCACUAGAAAACGACACAGACAUCAGUGAGUCUGGUAUUUCCGUUAGAAGCACUGGUUCAGCUGCUUCUAUGACCAGCCAAGGUGAGCGAAAGAGGAGGACACUUCCACAGCUUCCCAAAGAGGAGAAAGUGAAUGAAAGCUCAAAAGCAAAACCCACAUCUCAUCAGAGAUCAGAAAUAGGUGAAAAGCAAGACACUGAACUUCAGGAGAAGGAAACUCCAGCUCGUCCCUCAGAUGCCGAUAGCAGAAGUAUAGCCAAGUCAAGCAGAACAAUGAAUGGUCUUUCACCCAAACCUACUGGAGACAAAGUUUUUUCUUUCCCCAGCUCUUCCAGUAAAGAGAGAGUUGAAACUGGCAGAGAAACUUCUGUGGUGAAACAAGCUUUAGCAAAAAUUCAACAACAAGAAAGAAAGGAACAAGGACACUGGACACCCACAAAAUUAUCCUCUACAAAACCUGCUGCAAACCAAGUUGAGAAAGGUAGGGAGGAGAAGACUAUGUCACCCAAAACUUCAGGUAAUCAAGACAAAACUCUUGGACAUGUUACAGAUAAGGCAGAAAUGAAGUUGGUGCAGAGUGAGGGAAAAAGAAGAAAAAAUGAGGAAACUAUUAAAGGACAAACUCCUAAACCAUCUGGAGGAGAAAAAAAGGAAUCUUCAAAACCAUUAGUGAGGCAAGGUAGCUUUACUAUAGAUAAGCCUAGCACAAAUAUACCUAUAGAACUUAUUCCUCACAUUAAUAAGCAAAGUGGAUCUGCUGCCCCUUUAGCAUCUGCAAACAGGAUACGUGACAGAAGUGACUCAAUGGACACCGAUUCCAGUCUAGAUACAACACUCAUUUUAAAAGACACAGAAGCUGUAAUGGCUUUCCUUGAAGCUAAAUUGCGUGAAGAGAAUAAAACUGACGAAGGUCCAGAAACUCCAAGCUACAACAGAGAUAAUUCCAUAUCGCCAGAAUCUGACGUAGAUACAGCCAGCACGAUCAGUCUUGUUACUGGUGACUCUGAAAGGAAAUCCACGCAGAAGCGCAAGACCUUUACAACCUUAUACAAGGAUAGAUGCUCCUCUGGUUCUCCUUCAAAGGAUGUUUUAAAAUCGUCUGCAACAAGUGCCAGAGAAAAGAUGGAAAAGAAAACUAAAAGUCGAUCUUCAGAUGGUGGCUCUAGAGCUGAUGCUCGCAGAGCUGUGCAGUCCAGUGGAAGAAUGAGACAACCAUCAGUAGAUUUGACAGAUGAUGACCAAACAUCUAGCGUACCUCAUUCUGCCAUUUCUGACAUCUUAUCAUCUGACCAGGAAACCUACUCUGGCAAAUCACAUGGAAGAGUUCCUUUUGCCUCAGCAGACGAACUUUUACAUUCCAAGAUGGAAGGAAAGUCAGCUAAAUCAAAAACUUCUGUUGCACUUGGGCAGUCUAGUAAAUCUACCACUCUUCCAAGACCUCGUCCUACAAGGACUUCUCUUUUGCGCAGAGCACGGCUUGGUGAAGCCUCCGAUAGUGAGCUUGCUGAUGCUGAUAAGGCCUCAGUGGCUUCUGAAGUGUCCACUACAAGUUCUACAUCAAAACCUCCGUCAGGGAGGAGAAAUAUUUCCAGAAUAGACUUACUUGCUCAACCCCGCAGAAAUCGACUUGGCUCUUUAUCAGCACGUAGUGAUUCUGAAGCAACAAUAACUAGAAGCACUGCCUCAUCUCGUACCCCAGAAGCUAUUAUCAGAAGUAGUGCAAGGCUAGCAUCAGCAGGAGAUAGUAGUAAAGUUUCUGCUAGAACUCGAGCCAAUAGCAUUUCUCGACUAUCAGAUUCAAAAUCCAAAUCUCUGGCUUCAGCUCAUAAUUCUCCCUCAGUAAGUGCAAGAUGGAGGCGCUUUCCUACAGAUUAUGCUUCCACCUCAGAAGAUGAAUUUGGAUCAAACCGUAAUUCCCCUAAACAUACCCGUCUACGUACCUCUCCAGCCCUGAAAACCACACGACUGCAGAGCACUGGGACAGCAGCUCAAAGUAGCAAUACAUUCAAGCAUAGAAUAAAGGAACAGGAAGACUAUAUUCGUGACUGGACUGCCCACCGAGAAGAAAUAGCAAGGAUCAGUCAAGAUCUGGCUCUCAUCGCACGGGAAAUCAACGAUGUAGCAGGAGAGAUAGAUUCAGUGACUUCAUCAGGCACUGCCCCCAGUACCACAGUAAGCACUGCUGCCACCACCCCUGGCUCUGCCAUAGACACUAGAGAAGAGUUGGUUGACCGAGUAUUUGAUGAAAGUCUCAAUUUUAGAAAAAUCCCUCCACUAGUGCAUUCCAAACCACCAGAGGGGAAUGGUCGGCCUAAUGAUGCCGGACCUCAGCUAACAGGCACCCUUGAUCCCCCCAAAAUUACCCGGAGAAGGACUUGGAGCAGAGAUGAAGUUAUGGGGGACAGUUUGCUCUUGUCCUCAGUCUUCCAAUUUUCUCGCAAGAUAAGACAAUCCAUAGACAAAACAGCUGGCAAGAUCAGGAUAUUAUUUAAGGACAAAGACAGAAAUUGGGAAGAAAUUGAAAACAAGUUGCGAGCUGAAAGUGAAGUUCCUAUUGUUAAAACUUCAAGCAUGGAAAUAUCAUCAAUCUUACAGGAGCUGAAACGAGUUGAGAAACAGCUGCAAGCAAUUAAUUCUAUGAUCGACCCUGACGGUACCCUGGAUGCUCUGAGCAACUUGGGAUUCACCAGCCCCAUCUUACCAGCUCAGCCGAAGGUGAAAUCCAGUCCCGUUUCCCAAAGUACCCGCCCUCAAGUGCAGCCAAACUGCCAGCCUGAAGCUCGGGCUCUUCAACCCUCCACUGGCCCUGUUGCAGCGGAAUUUGAGAAUGCUGAAUCUGAGUCAGAUUUCAGCAUACAUUUCAAUAGAUUUAACCCAGAUGGGGAAGAGGAAGAUGCCACCCUGCGUGAGUGACAUCUCCGUGUUGAUACAAAAACCUUUCAUGUGGAAUGUUUAGGAAUAAAGGAAAAAAUAUAAUACUGGUUUUGUAAUU